AUGGCCAGUGGAGGUCUGCAGCUGCUGGGAUUCGUGCUUGCUUUCAUAGGCUGGAUUGGCAUCAUCAUCAGCGCAGCCCUGCCCCAGUGGAAAAUGUCCUCUUAUGCUGGGGACAACAUUGUGACAGCUCAAGCGAUCUACGAGGGCCUGUGGAUGUCGUGCGUCAUGCAGAGCACGGGGCAGAUGCAGUGCAAGGUGUAUGACUCCCUGCUCAAACUGGAGGGCAGUCUGCAGGCUACCCGGGCACUGAUGGUGGCUGGCAUACUGCUGGGACUCAUUGCCAUAUUUGUUGCUGUGACUGGCAUGAAAUGCAUGAAAUGCAUGGAGGAUGAUGAGGUGAAGAAGAUGAGGAUGGCUGUCUUUGGGGGCGUGAUCUUCCUUAUUGCAGGUUUUGCUGUCUUGGUGGCCACAUCCUGGUACGGACACCGAGUGGCUCGGGACUUCUACAACCCUUUCACCCCCGUCAACACCAGAUUUGAAUUUGGACAGGCCCUCUUCAUUGGCUGGGCAGCUGCUUCUCUCACCAUUUUGGGAGGCGCCUUCCUCUGCUGCUCCUGUCCACGAAGAGAAACUUCCUACCCAGCCACCCGUGCCUACCCAAAGAGUGCCCCCUCAGCAGGAAAGGAUUAUGUAUAA